UGUUUAUGCUCUUGAAUAAUAAAGCAUUAUCCCUCAAUUAUUUAAAUGUGUAUAUAUAUACAAACAACCUUAACACAUUUGCAAUAUUCUAUAAUGCAGUAAAGGACAAGUUUAUUGAUAAUUUAAUUCCAAAAAUUAAUAAAAAAUUAAAAAUCAAAAGUGACGUUAAGUCAUAUACAGAUAUAAAUUCUGAUAACAAUAUAAUUAAUUUAUCACUUAGUAAAUUGACUAAAAAUGAGAAGAAAAUAGAUGGUAAAAUAAUUGAUCAAGAAUUAAAUGUAGAUAUAAAUGAUAAAGUGAUAUUUAACAUAGAUAAUAUUGUGUGUGAGCAUAAAAUUUAUGAUAUAAAAUUUAAAACUGAACCUAAAAAUUAUGAAAUCAGUUCAGACAUAUCAUGUAAAACAUCUUUUCGUAGUAAUGGCAUAUCACAAAAUAUUGAUGAUAAAAAGUUGAUUAAGCUUGAUUGCAUUUCAAAAUAUUCAAAUGCUGAUCAUAUAACUAAAUUAAUUGAUUCUAUAAAGAAAUUUCCUUUAUACUAUAAAAAAUUAGAAAAUAGAGAUCUCUAUGAACAAAAUAAUGAUAAUAUUGAUCAAUUCAACCUAUUUAAUGAUGUUGAUAAGCUUCCUAGUGUUAAAACAAUUUUAAGAGAAACUGCUAGUAAAGAGUCCUUAAUGAAAUUAUUUAUUUGGCGUAAAAAAAUGAUCAAACAAAUGGGAACUAAACCUUUUGUUGAAUAUAAUAGAAGCUUAAUAAAAUAUGGAAGCAAUUUGCACUCCCUUUUGGAGAAGAGGUAUAAAGGUCAGACUAUCAAUGAAAAUUUAAUACCUGAUCAAAAUAAAGGACAUUGGAAAAGUUUACAAAACGUAUUUGACAUGAUUCCCACACUAGAUAUACAUGAAAAAUCUGUCACCCAUCCCUAUCUAGGUUACACUGGGAUUGUAGAUGCUUUAGGGACAUAUGAUAUUUGUGCUAUAGAAUGGAAAACGUCAGUUAAUUCAAAACCAAAUUUAAUAAAAACAAUGGAUACCCCAUUACAAGUUGCUGCUUACAUUGGUGCUUUAAAUUUUGAACCUAACCUCCUUUAUAAUCGUCCUAUUAAAAAUGCCGUGAUUGUAAUCGCUUACCAAAGUGGCGAUCCUGCAGAUUUAUUCUAUCUUCCUCACGAAAUUACCGAUUACUAUUGGCAAGAAUGGCUCUUUAGAUUAUCAACAUUUUGGAGCCAGAAGUUAAAUGCUCAAUUUGGCAAUACGUUAUUAUAAUUUAAAAAAAUAUCCUUCCCUUCUUUAUUAUCCAAACUAACUAUCAAAAUAUUACUUUAUAGACUAUAAUGAUAUUCUCAUAUAUAAUUAUAAAAUUUCAUUUAUAGUGUUAUAAAAUGCGUGUUAUAUUAAAAUUGCUAAUGGUAUUCAUCAGAAGUCUGCAAAGCCUGCCCAAAAGAGUACAGACUGGCUUGGAAAAAUUAUUGAUCCCAUAUCAUUUACCUAUUAUAGGCCGAGCUGUGAGAAUUUUGGACAGGUUUUGCAGUAUCAAACUCAUUCAUAUAUAUAAAUAAGGUUGCCAUAAUUAAAUUUGACUUAUCAAUAUCUAUUUGAAUAAAGAUCAUGAUUUAAAUAAUCUCUUUUAGUUUUGGUUUUAAUAAUUUAUUAG